AUGGAUUCCGACAAUGAAAAUUUUCAACGAGCGAUCGAUGAGGAGUUCGAAGAACUCAUUGCAGCGGUGCAAGCUGAAGCGGACGAGGAGGAGGAGGCGGCGGCGGUCCCUCGGCCGAUCUACCGUCGGCGGUAUAUCAACCGUGACCAUGCCGGAGCCAACCAGCGGUUGCUGGAAGACUACUUCGGCGAUAACCCCCGUUAUCCGCCGAACAUUUUUCGUCGGCGAUUCAGAAUGUCGCAACGACUCUUCAUCCACAUUGCGUAUUGUUUGUCUCAGCGGUACAGAUGCUUCACCUUGCGUCAUGAUGCCACCGGUCGACCCGGAUUGUUGACAUAUCAAAAGUGCACGGUGGCAAUUAGGCAGCUUGCCUAUGCCAGGCCUGCUGACAUGUUCGACGAAUAUUUGCAGAUGGGCGAAACGACUGCCCUUAAGACGCUGAGUCAGUUUUGCAAGGGUAUCAAAGAAAUCUUCAAAGGGGAGUAUCUACGGAAACCAACGGUCGAGGAAUGCAGGCCCGGCCCGAUAAAUAUGCACGGGACGAGUGCAUCAUUUUUCGGGCAUGAUGGGAAACAUCGAUUGCAUGCACCGGGAGUGGAGGAAUUGCCCGGUGGCUUGGAAGGGGCAAUUCGCUUCUGGUUUCAAAGGGCGACAUCCCACGAUGAUCCUUGA